AUGAAGGUUUCAACUAUCCUCACGGUAGCAUUUGCGAGCGCCGCAUCUGCGGUUCAUUACGGCAUCUAUUCAGUCAAGGAGGAAGGUUGGUUGGUGCAGUACCCGAACAAUAACUUCCUAGGCUUCGAUGCCACUACCAUCAGGCCUACGAAAUGGACUAUCCUCAAUCAAAAUAACGAUGGAGAUGUUUACUUUCAGAGCGUUGCUACUGAUGACUUCAUCAAUUGCGACGUACCACCGAUAUGCUCGCGUGAUAAGCAGCCUGUGGUCUAUACCAUGGAAGGCGCAAAAGAGGAUGGGACAGAACUCCCCGAUGACACCUACUUCGUCCGAGAUGCACAGGGUGACUGCGUCUGGACUGCCUAUGAUAAUGCUAUGGUGUGUGGAGAAGCUACGGACGCGGAAAACCAGCAGUUUAGGAUCAUCGAGAUCUGA